AAUAAAAAUAGACAAAUGUCUGAGUUGUCCAGGGUCCCAGGCUCCUGCAGGCCUCUAGAGGCAUUUUCCGGAAGCCUCCGCAGCCCCAGGAGUUGGCUGUCCCACAGGGUCACAGUGGGAGGGGCCGAGCUGGACUCUGCGUGUCUCCCGCCCCCAGCCCAGGACAGCAUCGCCGGCAGAGGACUGGGCAUCAGCCACGAGCUCAUCAGCCUGGAGGUCUGCUGCCCGGAGGUGCCCGACCUGACCCUCAUCGACCUGCCCGGCAUCACCAGGGUGGCCGUGGGGGACCAGCCCCAGGACAUUGGGGCGCAGGUCAAGAACCUCAUCAGGACGUACAUCCGGAAGCAGCAGACCAUCAACCUGGUGGUGGUACCCUGCAACGUGGACAUCGCCACCACCGAGGCCCUGAGCAUGGCCCAGGAGGUGGACCCCGAGGGGGACAGGACCAUCGGGAUCCUGACCAAGCCGGACCUGGUGGACAAAGGCACGGAGAAGACGAUCGUGAACGUGGCACAGAACCUCACGUUCCAGCUCAAGAAGGGUUACAUGAUGGUCCGCUGCCGCGGCCAGCAGGACAUUCUCAACAGGGUCAGCCUGGCGGAAGCCACCCAGAAGGAGACCGAGUUCUUCCAAGACCAUCCCUUCUUCAGGCCUCUCCUGCUGGAGGGCAAGGCCACUGUGUCCCGCUUGGCCGAGAAGCUCACCUCUGAGCUCAUCUUUCACAUCAACAAAUCACUCCCACUGCUGGAGAAUCAGAUCCGGCAGAGCCACCAGAAGGCCAUGGAGGAGCUGCAGCAGUGCGGGGCCAGCAUCCCCACCAGCGAGGAGGACAAGAUGUACUUCCUGGUCGAGAAAAUCAAGAUGUUUAACCGGGACAUCGAAAGGCUUAUCGAGGGAGAGGAGACGGUGAGGGAGACGGAGUCUCGGAUGUGCAACAAGGUUCGGGAGAAGUACUCAGCCUGGGUGCAAGUCCUCUCGGCCAACACUCAGAACGUUAAGAACAUCGUGCGCGAGGAGGUGUCCAGGUACGAGAAGCAGUACCGAGGCAGAGAGCUGGUCGGCUUCAUCAACUACAAGACCUUCGAGACCAUCGUGCAGCAGUUCAUCGGGCGGCUGGUCGACCCCGCCGUGAACGUCCUCCAGGGCGCCGUGGAAAUUGUGGGACAGGCUUUCGCCGACAUGGCCAGGAAACAUUUCAGCGAGUUCGCCAACCUGAAUCAAAUCACCCAGAGGAAGAUUGAAGAGAUAAAGGCUUCACAGGCAGAGAUGGCGGAGCAGCUGGUCCGCCUGCAGUUCCGGAUGGAGCAGCAGGUGUUCUGUCAGGACCAGAUUUACAGCCAGCUCCUCAGCAAGGCCCGGCAGGAGGCCUCCAGCCCCGCAGGCAAGACCCCUCUGCUGCUGGCCCCCCUCAUGGAGCCGUCCACCGUGUCCUCCCUCAGCGAGAUCGGGGUCCACCUGAGUGCGUACUUCCUGGAGACCAGCAAGCGCCUGGCCAACCAGAUCCCGCUCAUCAUCCAGUACUUCAUGCUUCAGGAGAGCAGUGAGCGGCUGCAGAAGACCAUGCUGCUCUUCCUGCAGGAGCGCGCUCAGUCCUCCUGGCUGCUGCAGGAGCAGGAAGCCACGGCCACCAAGAGGACCUUCCUCAGGGGGAGGAUCCAGCGGCUGGCCCAGGCCCGCCAGGCCCUCACCCAGUUCUCUAGCUGAGAGGCCGGGCAGGGGGCCGGGAUGGGGCGGGCUCCCUGUGGCUGGAGGCCCUUUCUCCAGGGCUGCUCUCCCCUCCUCUCCCCUCCUGCCGCCCCAGUCACCUCUCUGCCCCGGCCUGCCGGCCAUGGGGAGAGGCGACUGUCCCCUCCUCCUGGGACUGGGACGCAGCCCCUGGGGUGGCCGCCCUGAUUCCGUCCGCUCCUGCACCCUGCAGCCCCCCUUGGCCUAUGGGCCGCGGUGGGAGUGGGACGGGAGGUCAGCCUCUGCUGUCUGUUUGCUUCUGGAGUCGGGCACAGUCCCCAGGGCACAGACAUUUGACAGAUGAUAAAUCUGGGGCUGAAGACAUGGCUGCUCGGGGCCAUGGGCGGAGUAGCACCCGGUUAAGCACACAAGGACCUGGGUUCGAGGCCCUGCUGCUCAGGAGAGGUGAAGCAGGUCUGUGGGUGUCUGUCUCUCUUCCUUUCUAUCUUCCUCUCUCUUCUCAAUUUCUCUCUGUCCAGUCCAAUAAAAGAGAAAAGGAAAGGAAAGAAAGAAAGAUAGAAAAAGAAAAAAAGGCCUCUAAGAGCAGUGACUUUGUAGUGUGUGCAGCAAGCCUCAGCGAUAACCCUGGAGGCAGAGAGAGAGAGAGAAGGAAUGAAAGAGAGAGAAGGAAUGAAAGAGAGAGAGCGGUGAAGCAGGGCUGCGGGUAGGUGUCAACGUCUCUCUGUCUCCCUCGUCUCUGAUACAGUUCCCCUCUGUUUCUAUCUCAUCAAUAAAAGGUCUUUUAAAU